AUGUCUGUUGUGCCUCCAUCACCCUCAUUAUCUUCCAUUCUUCCAUCCAAAACUCGGAAAAGAUUUAAAUUAACUCCCCCGGAGAAGGGUGAUAAAUUCAUCAUUGAUCAUGGUGAUCAUUUCUCCCCAAAAACAAGAAAUUCAAAAAGAAUUCAAAUUAUUCCUCAUUUACAUUAUCAUUUACAUCGGCACUUUACCAUGAUUACAUUCAUGGAUGAAUAUAAUGAAAUCACAAAAAGUCCUACAUUGGUUUCUUUUGGAGGAUCCAAUGUCACGGAUCAUACGAUUUAUUAUUUGGAUUUGGAACCAAAGCUUACAAAUGAUUCUUCUACGCAAUGUUAUGAAUGGAAAGAAUUGCUAACACUCACAAAUAAUGUCAAUGGAGAAUAUUUCAAAAACAACAAAUUAGAUUAUUCCAGUGCCAGUAUGGUUUAUUCGCGCAAAUUACAACAAUUAAUUAUAUUUGAAGGAUGGAGUCACGGUAUUUAUUGUCUUUGUUUAAAAACAAAAACUUGGGCCAAAGCUUUGGAGUUAAAUUUUGUGGGAUGGCCUGUUUAUUAUAGACAUUUCUUGAAAUUAUGCGAUGAACAAACAAAUAAUGCUUUACUAUUAUCCAGGCUUUCUACUGAUUAUGAAAUCAAUUUGUCUGUUGGAGUUAUUGAUUUGAAGGAAUUAUGUGACACAAUCAAAAAUCCAAACAAAUCAGUCACUUUUGGACAACCACCAAAGAGUUGUGCGAGAAAAGGUGUGACUCCACACUCUGUAGUACCCUUAUGGCACGAAAAGAAACUUCUAAUUUUUGAUUCUUUCAAAGAAAUUGUUACCACGAUAUCUUUAUCAUCAAAUUGUGGAGAUGAGAAGAGACAUCCAUGUGAUAUCAUGGAGAGAGGUUGCCGCCGUUUAGUGGCAUGUGCACUCCCAAAGGAUGGGUAUUCAGUGACGACAAACAAAGAAGAAUUACAUGGAUCACAUGCCUUAAUAUCGUUUAUUGACGAUGACAAGAAACAUUCUUUGUUUGAAUAUGAUUCAAAAAGUGAAGUCUUCACUCGGUUGGUUCAUAAUUCUUUACCAAUUCAAUUGGAACAUCAUGCUUUCUUUCAAACAGUCCUUUUCGCGUACCGAAAUAGAAGACAAGAAAGAUGUGCAGUCUUAAUUCCAAAUCUUGACGUUUUGUUCAAAAUCAAAUUGGAUUACGAAAAACCAGAGUGUACUCUCCCUUACUUAAGAAAACAAUUACUGACACUUUUGGAAGAAAAUUCUGAAAACGGAACAAAUUCAUGCAUGGGAAAGGACAUUGUGGCCGUAAUUUGUCAUAACCACUUCAUUCAUUAG